AAAAAACAUGAUAUUUUUUCGUUUUCUGAAAAAUUAAAACAAAUCUUACAGUAUAAUAUUUUGUUCUGUCUUAAAAUUAGGAGUUCAGACAUAAAGAGCAGUACCUAUCCGUUACAUGUAAAGAGAAAUACGAGUGUGAAAAGUUGUCUUUACCAGUGCAGUCCGAAUAAACAUUUUUAUAUUUUGGGAACCGUGCUCCAGAUCACGAUAUUUGUUCAUGAUUUUUUUGACAUACUGCACUUGAUAACGGAGAUGAUAUACCACGAUACUCAUGCCGAAUUAACAGAACUGCUUGUAUUCUGUUUUUAGAAUUAAGUACAUAUCUGGCGAUUAAAAAAAAGUAAGAUUUUAAAUUAGAAGUCAACUUUGAUCUCAGUUAUGUCAUAUAAACAUAUGUGAUGUUUAUAUACAAGCCUAUUAUAUACAUAAAAUCCCUUCUUCAUACGAACAUUUUCCAACAUUUGCCUAUCUAUUCAAAAUAUUGUUUAUGCUAUGUGUUGGUGAAUACUUGUAACAAAAGCUGCUAGCUGGUGAAUUUGUGAUAGAUCACAUCCGUGAUGGGCCUCUAGGUAAACCAGUUAAAGGGUGAAAUAACCUUGUAUAUUGUAAAUUCGAUGAAGCGAAAUGGGACACUCUUUGUACGCAGAGGAUAUAUGGUUGUGCUAUGUAUGACUUUUAUAUGGACGUUACUUCUGCUUUGUCCUAUAUCAAAAGCGGAAGAAGAAUAUGAUCUUCCGAAGAUACAAGAUGUCCAAAAAUUGUCUGUUAACCUGUUGAUGAACUAUAGUAAACAUAUUAUACCGUCGAGGAAGAUGCCAUUCAAUAUCUCAAUUGUAACUUAUCUUGAUACACUCGGAAAUAUUGACGAACUAGAAGAAAUGUUAUCCUAUGUCUUUUGGCUAGGCUUUUCCUGGAAAGACGAAAGCAUUAAAUGGGAUAAAAAUGACACGGACGUAGAAUAUGUAAUGUUACCUUGGAGUGAAGUAUGGACUCCCGUCCUUCGUGUUUCGAAUCCACAUUCCGAAAUUAGCAAAAGCCAGAAUGUUGACCGUUCCUAUGAAACUGUUAUAUACAGCAACGAAGGAAAGGCAUAUUUUCAGGAGCUGAUGACAACUCGCACCACUUGCGACCUUGACAUGACCUACUAUCCAUUUGAUAUACAGACGUGCCUAAUUAAAAUGUUUAUCGUCGGACAUCUUAAAUUUCCAUUCAGGAUUGAAACUCGCAUUAAAGAUGAAAAUUUAAUUGGUGACAAAAGUCAUGGCUCCUGGAUGUUAAUCAAUCGCACUGUUUUGUCUAAUUACGGCAUCAUGACGAUAAAGCUUAUGUUUGAAAGAAGACCAUUGUUUCUACUGAUUAAUAUAUUUAUGCCAAUCAUUGUUCUCGCAUUACUUACACCAGUGGUAUUUAUUUUGCCGAAGAAAUCUGGAGAGCGGGUUGGAUAUUCAAUUACGAUGCUACUUGCCAUUUCAGUAUAUAUGACCAUUGUAAGUGAGCAUUUGCCACACAACUCUCAGCCCAUGCCUCUUAUAUCGGUUAUGAUUUUCAUUUGUUAUAUGUUAGACGCCUCGAUAGUUUUUGUAGUCAUCAUUAAUACAAAGAUAAAUGCGAUGAAAAAUAGGGGACACAUACCGUUUUUCUUUAGGAAAUUUGUUCUUCUGACCCGAAAGCUUUUAACUAUAUUGACAUGUGAGAAAGUCCAUACUAAGCCCGAGGAUGAGUCUAUAGAUGCACAGGACAAAGACUCUGGUAGUGAAACAUUAAUCGAGUUACAGAAUAACAUUGAACAAUCUAUUGACUUUAAAAGACCAAAUGAAAAACACGACAUCACGUGGCAAGAUCUUAGCAAUACAAUUGACAAAUGGUGUUUUGUGAUAAGUUACUUAUGCAAAAUUUUGCUCCCUGUUAUUUUCUUUUCAAUAUGUAAGACAAACAGUAGAUGAAAACUGACUGAUUUAAUAUUGUUCUUGAAGAAAGCAUACUAUAUUUUUAGGCUUAAUUUUACGGGGGUGGGGGGCACCAAUCAGUUUUAAUCAUAUGACGCCGACACUUGAAAUAUGAUUUUGCCUAACCUCGGGUGCUACGGACUUUGGGACAAACCUACCACGCCUGCCGGAGCUAAGUGAUACCUAUACUCAGUAAUUCGAACCCAUCUGGUCGCCUUUAACAACAGUUGCUGCGAUUCUAAUGCGUCAUCCCCUCAACCACACGUUACUAAUAUAAAUUAGAAUUUAACCGUACAUACCACUUAUAUUGGAAGUCAUGUAGAUAUAGGAGGCAAUGAAGAAUUAGAUGUUUUAGCUAAACAAUCAUUAAAUUUUAAAAAAACUGACUUAUUGUUUCCUGCUUCUGAUUUCAGAUCGGCUAUAAAUAAACUCGUAUCAUCUGAAUGAAAAGCAAAUUGGGACAAUGCCUUUUUUUUAAUAAACUUCACGAUAUAAACCCAUCUCUUGAUGGGUUACCAUCUCUAUGUCUGCUAAACCGCCAUGAUUAAACAGUUCUUCUUCGAUGCCGAAUAGGACACACUAAUAUUACCCACUCUUAUCUCAUCACGAAUGAUAAUGCCCCUUUCUGUGUAGCUUGUAAUGAAAAUUUUACUGUCAAGCAUUUUCGUCUUGAAAGUCAUGAUUUUUCACAUAGAUUUUAUUGUGUAAACUCACUCAAAGAACUCUUUAAUACAAUUCCAUCAAAGACAUAAUUGAUUAUUUGAAAGAGAUAAAAUUGUAUUCUAGAAUCUUAUUGGCUUAUUCUUAUUGUCAUUUACAAAAUUUUACAUAACAUUUUAAGCUUAUUAAAGCAUUCGACACGAUAUGGCCAGUUAUGUGUUGACGUGCCGUAAAAAUCCAAACAAACAAAAACAAAUCCUUUAUACAGUAAGGUUGGUUCUAAAGCUGUAACAAAAUCAUUUGAUCACCCCCUAAUUUGUCAAAUGAAUUAAGG